GAAGAGAAGAGAAGAGAAGAGAAGAGAAGAGAAGAGAAGAGAAGAGAUACGACCGAAGUCUCGACGGGAUACUUGGCUGCUUACAAAAGCGCACGAGACGGUGAAAGCCCUUUAGCGCUCGCCUCUGAUUGGACGGGUGACGGGGGGGGCGGGCCCUGCUCGACAGCCUACUCUUAGCCGGGCUCUGAGCUCCGCUGAGAUAAAUACAGGUGGGCCAAGAUGCCGCUGCAACACAGUUCUCCGACGCUCUCCGCGGCUUCAGGCUUCCCCGCGCAAAGAUGUCUCAGACGCUCAAGCUGGCCACGAAGGCAUCUUUGCUCGCGAAGCUCUUUCCUGAGCUGUGGGUGGAAUCUCUCCUCGGGGCGCGAUCGAAAGUUAUUAAAACCCACAAGACUCUGGAGGAGAUGCCGGGACCCAGCGCUCUCGGCUUCUUCACCGACCUUUUCUGCAAAAGAGGUCUGUCCCGACUGCAUGAGCUUCAGAUUGAAGGCAAGGCUAAAUACGGCCCGGUUUGGAAGGCUAGUUUUGGGCCCAUCCUCACAGUCCAUGUGGCAGAUCCCAGUCUGAUUGAACAGGUGCUAAGACAGGAAGGCAAGCAUCCCAUUCGCUCCGACCUCUCCUCCUGGAAGGAUUAUCGAGUGUGCCGAGGCCAUGCAUACGGGCUGCUUACAGCGGAAGGUGAGGAGUGGCAGCAAAUUCGCAGCAUCCUAGGAAAACAUAUGCUGAAGCCCAAGGAGGUGGAAUCGUACACGGGCACCCUGAAUGAGGUGGUCAGUGAUCUGAUCUGCCGGCUGCAGCACCAGAGAAAUCUCCAUGAGCGACACGUUGUCAAGAAUGUGGCUGAUGAAUUCUACAAGUUUGGAUUAGAAGGUAUUUCUUCGGUCCUCUUUGAAUCCCGCAUUGGCUGCCUGGAACCCAAAGUUCCAGAAGAAACAGAGAAGUUCAUUAGCUCCAUCAACACCAUGUUUGUCAUGACUCUGCUCACGAUGGCCAUGCCCAAAUUUUUGCACCAAAUUUUUCCUAAGCCAUGGCAGAAGUUCUGUGAAUCUUGGGACUAUAUGUUUGAGUUUGCCAAAGGACACAUUGAUAAGCGAAUGGCUGAAGUUUCAGAAAGAAUCAACCAGGGGGAGAAAGUCGAAGGAAAAUACCUCACUUAUUACUUGGCACAAGAAAAACUCUCCAUGAAAUCCAUCUAUGGAAAUGUGACCGAGCUCCUGCUAGCUGGUGUGGACACAAUCUCAAGCACUUUGUCCUGGAGUUUGUAUGAGUUGUCCCGUCACCCUCAGAUACAAGCUGCUGUCCAUGAAGAAAUCACCACCGUGAUGCAGGACGGACUCAUUCCAACAGCUGCUGAGGUCGCUCAGAUGCCUCUGCUGAAGGCGGUGGUGAAGGAGGUCCUGAGAUUGUACCCAGUGAUUCCUGGUAAUGCACGAGUCGUUUCAGACAGGGAUAUCGAAGUGGGAGACUAUAUCAUCCCUAAGAAGACCCUGAUAACCCUUUGCCAUUUUGCUACCUCUCGAGAUGAAAAGUACUUCUUCGAUCCCAACUCCUUCCAGCCUGAGCGAUGGCUGCAGAAGAACGCUUCACACCACCCCUAUGCCUCCAUUCCCUUUGGCUUUGGCAAACGCAGUUGCAUUGGCCGACGCAUUGCGGAACUUGAAGUAUAUCUGGCACUAGCUAGGGUACGGUCUACAGAUGGUGAUGAUGAUGAUGAUGAUGAUAAUGAUAUUUUCCAGAUAGGUUCUUGCUCUACAACUGGCAUGCUUGAAAACUUGGAAUUUUGGGGAGGUGGGGGGAAGGACAUAAUGGCAAAACAUUGUCAUCUCUCUUUCUUUCUUUCUUUCUUUCUUUCUUUCUUUCUUUCUUUCUUUCUUUCUUUCUUUCUUUCUUUCUUCCUUCCUUCCUUCCCUCCCUCCCUCCCUCCUUCCUUCCUUCCUUCCCUCCCUCUUUAUUAAAUUUAUAUGCCACUCAUCUUACUAUUAAAGGAACUCUUACUAUUAAAGGAAUUCUGGGUGGCUGUCUUCCAUUUUUAAAUCUCCCAUGUUUCCCAUUAAUUAUUCCCUUUUUUUUCUGCAAAAAUAUCACUAAGAGAAAAAGAUGGAAUAGUUGCAUGAGGAUUUUGGAUCAGUCAGGUUAUAGCUGCCCUGUUUGAAUGCAUUUCUCCUCCCACCUCCAAUAGUUAGACUUCGUACUGUAAAUUGAGAUGACAACGUUAAAAUUAAAAAUUGUCUCACUGAGUUAAAGUUAGCCUGCUCUCAAAGAAUGCUAAAAGGUUCCUUUCUUUCCCUUUAAAAAAAAACAGAUCCUGAUGCAUUUUGAAGUGAAACCUGAAGAGGAGGGGCAAAUUGUAAACCCCAUGACACGGACCUUGCUUGUGCCAGAGAAGGACAUCAAUUUGCAGUUUCUCAGUCGUUGAAACCAGACAAAACAAGGGAAAACUAUUGACUUGGAUUUCCUGUUAAUGCACAACUGGUGCUUAUAGAACCUUACUGUAUAAAAUUCGGUAGCCCCGAGUGGAGCUACCUGUUUGAAUUCUUGAUAUUGGUUUGAAAGGACAACAAAAGAGGGUGAAGACCCAUGUUGCUGAGCAAGGUUAGCUCCAGAGAAAUCCCCUCUGCAGUUCUGGGACAUGGACACUUCAAAAUGACUUCAACACUAAGAAUGAUUCCCAGUCUCCAUCUAGGCUAUGAAAAACCAGCCAAACCCUAUUUCAAAUCUCAGCCACAGCAAUAACACAAAUUGCUAAAAAGCAAUAGAGUGUGGUUUCCUUAACUCAGGAUUUUGAAUGAAAAGACUUUCUUCUGAUUUGUAGCUGUAAUCAGAACUCCUCUAAAAUUCCCCUUUUACAACCCUGUAGUCCCUUAAUUCGGGGCAGAGUUGAUGGAGCUGAGCAUUUACUGGCUGGAUGCCCUUCCUGAUGCCAUAUGGAGUUCGCGUUUUUUUUCUUUACGCCCUAGGAGAGAAACAUCUGCUGCUACUUAGGAUUGAACUCUCAACCUUCUGGGUGGGAGGCGAAUGUCUUCACCACUAGGCCACCACGCCAUAAUCAGAACUCCUCUAUUGCUGUGAAAACACAGUGGAUAUAUCACAUUUAGAACUUUGGGAAUGGAACAAUUAUGUAUCUCGGUGCCUUAUUGUUAUUAUUGUCAUGCUAAUUUUUAAUAUUUAAUGCAUUUCUCAACAUAUUUAUAUUUUUCUAGCUUGUAAUUUAUGAAUAGAGAAAUGUUGGUAGCAGAAGCUGUCAGAAAGAAAAAAAACUUUUAUCUUUAAAAAUGAAGUAAGGUUUUUUUGUAUUUUGAAACAGUUGUACUGAAGCAAUUUCUGUAAUUACAAUGGAUCACGUCCAUUUGGUGCUAUAUUUAUUUUUUAUCUUUGAAUUAAAUAAUGAACUUUUUUUUAAAAAAAAUAUGAUACUGACUCUGCCUGUGCUUUAAGGUCACAAUAAAUCUAAAUUGGGUUGAGGGACAAAUCUGUGGUUAUCUACUCCCGCUACAUAUUUAAAGUUGCAACUAAGAGAAUUAUGUAAUUCUGAUUCCCCAAAGGUGAUAUAACAUGAUAUACACUCAGGAUCAUCGAAAGAAAACACUCAUCACUCCUCAAAUUGUAACACCCACUAUUCUGGAGAGAAGCUAAGCUAUAUAAACCGAUUAUAAAUCAGAUAAAGCUUGAAACGAUAAGCAUCCCUUUUAAAAACAUUUAAAUUAGGGUGUUCAACAUUGGCAACUUUAAAACUUAUGGACUUCAACUCCCAG